AGAAGCGUAGGUAUAGAGCGAGGCCCUGCUUGGUGUGCCCUGCUCACCGCGUAACCGGUGCUACCGGCUUCGUACGGUCCUGCAUUGAUGCGGCGUGCUCUACCGGUGCUGCCGUCCCGGCUUGCUGGGGCCCAGCAUGGCCGCGCUGAGCGGCCUUGGGUAAAAGGCAAGAAGCCAGAGCGAGGUUACGUAACCUGUUACCUACGGAACGAACGCUUAGCAGGAAUGGAAGCGGGAGGCGUGCUUACACCGAGCUGUGACAGCGUUGCGUUGCCAAAAGAAAAACACCAUAAAAACACAUAAUUAAGUGUUAAGAGACGGCAGGGGAUUCAAAAUCAGCGGAUGGGAGGAGUCAGUGGGGAAAGAAAAAGAUUUAUGGCACACAACAUGGUGGAUCUGUGCUGGAAGCUGUCUGUCUGCUUUUUCUGCUAUCAAGUUGUCUCAGGAAGAGUUAAGCAGGAGGCACGUUACGUGGCUGCUGUGUACGAACAUGAGUCCAUCCUGAGUCCUAACCCAACAGCCCCCACUGAUCGACGGUCUGCGCUGGAACUCAUGGGCAGAAACCUGGACAUCUAUGACCAGCAAGUAGCGGCUGCUGCAAGACAGGGAGCACAGAUCAUUGUUUUUCCUGAAGAUGGAAUCCACGGCUUCAACUUCACAAGAAGAUCAAUUUAUCCUUACUUAGACUUUGUUCCGCAUUCUGACUCUGUGAAGUGGAAUCCAUGCAGAGAGAAGUAUUUGUUCAGUGACACAGAGGUUCUUCAACGUCUGAGCUGCAUGGCACUGAAGAACAAAAUAUUCCUGGUGGCAAACUUAGGAACUAAGCAACCCUGUGAGCACACAGAUCCUCACUGUCCACGUGAUGGAAGAUACCAGUUCAAUACCAACGUGGUGUUCAACGAUGCUGGUACACUGGUAGCCACGUACCGUAAACACAAUCUGUAUUUUGAAUAUGCUUUUGAUACCCCUCCAGAGCCUGACUACCAGCUCUUUGAUACCCCUUUUGCUGGCAAGUUUGGUAUGUUUACUUGCUUUGACAUACUCUUCUUUGAGCCAGCAGUGAAUCUAAUCAGACAGUACAGUGUAAAACAGAUUGUCUAUCCGACUGCCUGGAUGAACCAGCUCCCACUCCUGUCUGCUGUAGAAUUUCAACAAGCUUUUGCAACAGCUUUCAGUGUCAAUAUUUUAGCAGCUAAUAUCCACCACCCUACCCUGGGCAUGACAGGGAGUGGCAUAUACACUCCUGUCAAAUCAUUUAUCUACCACAACAUGGACAGUUACGGUGGCAAGCUCAUAGUAGCAGAAAUUCCCGUCAUUAGCACAGAUUACAAAACUGAUUUGGAGCAUAAUGAAAGAUUCAGAGAGAACGUGCAUCAUUCAUGCACUACUUCUACAAGUACCUCAGGGGAUGACCAGGUUUGCUUUACGGAAGGACAGGAGGCCCAUGGCAAAGUAUCAGAAAAAGGAAACCAACAGUCGCCUCCCCUGUUCUAUGCAGAAAUGAUGUAUGACAAUUUUACUUUUGUUCCUGUAUGGGCGGAAAAAGGAGAACUUCAGGUUUGUGCCAAUACUCUUUGUUGCUACUUAAAUUAUAAGAGAGAUGUUUUAACUGAUGAAUUAUACGCUUUGGGAGUUUUUGACGGGCUCCACACAGUGAAUGGCAUUUACUACGUCCAGGCCUGUGCAUUAGUGAAGUGUGGAGGUCUCAGCUUUAGCACUUGUGGGCAGGAGGUUACACAUGCCACUGCUCUGAUAGAUUUCCAGCUAUGGGGAAAUAUGAGUACUCCUUAUAUCUUUCCUUUGCUGCUGACGUCUGGUAUUACCUUGGACUUUGCUGAUCACAUGGGCUGGAAAAACAACCACUAUUUCCUAAGCAAAAAUAGAACUACUAAUGGCCUACUGACAGCUGCUCUGUAUGGACGAUGGUAUGAAAAGGACUAGCACAGAUAUUUAACUGCAUCAGAUUUUCAGAGUCUAUAUCUUACCAGGAACUGUUGAACAGCUGUACUUCAGAAUCUUCAGGUAUGUUUGUUACAUGACUGUCUAAUAGAUUCUACAUUUGAAAUGAUGACCAAAGAGACUACAAACCAAGCUUGUACCUUGGGAGCUUACGUCUUUCCACAAGUAAGUGAAUUGCCUUGCAAGUCUAAAGGCUUGUUACAGUGUGUUUGAGAUACCUUAUAUUAGGAAAAUAAUCUCAUUUCAACAGAAUUUGCCUCUUUUAAUUUAGUUGUUUGGUUCUCUGGAGUUCUGGUGGGAGUGGAAAUGAAAGAAGUAGAAAACCAUUAAAAAGGGGAAAAAAAAGUAGGAAAGGGAAUGGCAUUGAUUACACAAAUAUAUGCAAGAAAAUAGAUGCAUAUACCUUGAUAGCAUCAGGUUCUGAUUUCUGGUUAGAGUGCUAAGGUUUUUUCCUUACUCUCACUCCCUUCCCCCGGCUCCCAUCUGAAAUCUUUACAAUUUAUUGGCUACUUGCUCAGUGAGUUAUUUCUUACUUUUAAUAGUAACUAAGCAAGCGUUACCACUGUGAACAUUUGUGGAACAACAGUCUGGGAAGGAGUGUAUCAACUGCUACACUGAAACACUAGCCUUCAUGAAGGCAUAAUUUCCAUGCUCCUGUGCAAGAUGUUUAAAUAAAGCUCAACAACGAAUCAGCAACUAUGUUAGGUACUACUUUAGUACUCUGACUUUCCCAUUUUUAAAGAGAAGUCAUUGCAUGCCUGUUUUGACUUUGAGACAAUUCAAACAUUGUAAAUUCAUUCAGUAAGAGCUGUGAAAAGCAGAUAAUGAAUUGUGGGACAGUAGGGUUUCUACAUAAACUGUGUACCAGGUGGCAGUUCCUGCUGCUGAAACACAGCAUUCUUUCCACAGCCAUAGCUAGAUUGGAUGCUAUAAAUACUGUCAUGCAACGACAAACUAUUACUGCAGUGGAGAUGCUUGCAAAAGGAUGUUUAAAGGAUAUUAUUUUGGCCUUAAAAUUAAAGAAAAUAAUUUCUUCUGAACCAUUACAAUUUUGGGGAUCUCAUAGGCCAUUAUGACUUCAUCCGUGUAAGAGCUGUUAAGUAACUGACUAAUAAACACAAUUGCUCCUUUGGGGCAUCCUUGUCUUCCAGGUGCUAAAUCUGUUGUCCUAGUUGCUGGGAGGAGCUGUGAACAGGAGAUGUGUAGUUCUCAGUUUGGCUGAGGCAGUUCCAAAAUGUGUUCAAACUCAAAGAACUGCAGCAAGAAGUGUAUUAUACUGCUCAAUAAUCUGCUUUGGACAAAUUCACUUUCAGGUUUCAUAAAGGAUAAUAGUCAUACCAUUUUCUGAAAAAGGGAGAAGCCCUUAGGAAAGCUGAAGGUCACACAGGCAGAAGAAACAUACCCAUAUGACCAUCAUUUCCCUUCAAUGGAUAUAAACAGUUUUAGUGAAGCUUCCUAAAUGUUUUCUCUCUGGGAGGGAAAUCAAAACAGAAAGAGUGGACUUUCUGCCAUACGAAAAACAGAUCUUAAAUCAAGAACAGCUUUAAAUCAACAGAUUAUGUUUAAUGUGCUCAGGAUGUGGAAGAUGUUUGUACUGCGACAAAAGAAACAAUGUGAGAAGGAGUAAGGAAUGCUGUCUGUGAGGCGUCUUGAUACUGCUGAGGGAGAUCAGCAAAUCAGAAAAGCCCUGGCCAGCUAGGAGUAACAGCACACAAGCCAGAAGUAUUAGGGGCUUCUGUAUAAGGGAUCUGGUGCUGAGUUAUCCAGGUAGUUGUGAGGAUAUCUGAAUAUGCUGAAAGCAUCUGCCAGAAAAUACAGCAAAGAAAGCGUCACGAACAGGACUUUGGAGUUCAGUUCCUGAGAGGCAUGUGAACAGGUUCAGAAUGUCAGAAACUGGUAAUGGAGUGGGACAAGCAGUUCAGAACAAAGAUCUUCAGAACACACAGAGUUGGUGCAAGCUUGUACAAGUAGACCUUUACAGGGAGAUGACUAGGUUAAAGUGACUGAGCAGCAAGAGGCUGCUGCAACCACCACAGAACAGAGGUGCAAAGCCUCGUGUGGCUUGACGCAGCCUUGCCCAGGCUGGGGCCUUUCUUGUAGUAUUUAAUUAAUACCCUGGCAUCACAGAAAGCCCAAGAGGAGCUUGAAUAAUGGACGUUUGGCAGGGAAGAGGAGAUAAAUAAGAGGGAAUGAAACAUUACAUUUUGCUUUAAAACUGUUACAGUGUCUGAGGCUGAGACAUCAGUGUCAGUCCUUCCAAGCUGCGAUGCAGUGAGAAGAAAAACCUGUACAUUUGUCACUGAAAAGGCUUGGAAGCAAGGGCUUCUUUUGUUCUGUUGUGAAUUGGAAGAGCUAAAUUUCUGAUUACUGCUACUGCAAUUUUAACUUACAAGAGAAUGUAAGGUGUUUUUAAAUGUUUAAUGAGAUUAAUGACUUUAAGACAGCUUGAAAGAUUCCUCAGGUUCCGUAUUAUUCAACCAUGUUCACAGUUACAUGGUGAAAUACUGCAAUACUCAGCUUGAAAAGUGUUAAAAUGCAGUACAAGAAGACAGGGAAUUCAGUUUCCCAUGGUAUACAGUGAGUAUGGAAGCACUGAUAAUUUAGAUACUACUUUGUUUGAAGUAAAGCAUCAAUGCUACAAAAUCAGGAUGCCAGGUUGGAAAGAGUUCCAUCAAGUGAGAGAUGAGUCAAAACAGGAAAAACAAAAUCACGCUGCAGUUUGGGGAUGUUAGUCAAGGCUAACUUUGCUCCCUAGGGAAAAAAAGCAAGGCAUUUUGCUGAGCUUCAGAUGACUGAAACAGCUGAAAGACUCUUCCCAACGGCUGAAAUCUCAGUUUUUCUUUCAGUAGGUAGGUAAGGAUGUGUGGAACAGAGUAAGGGCCCACCUGUAGGACUGUACAUGACAGCAGGUACUGUUUUCUUAAGAACAACCAGUUGUUUUGACACUUUAAAUGGAUACAUCUGGUUCCUUCCUUAACAAUCUUCAAAAUAUAUGGAUAUUAUAGUGAGAAGGACUACAUGAAAAUAAAGCCAAAGCUUCAUCUUAACAAGGGAAAUCAACAGAUCUGUAUUACAUCUAUAUUUAGAAUCUCUGGUUUAAGUCUGUAAAGACCAAGGUUUUGUAAAUCUUACCUUGUCCAAUUCACGCAGUUGUCACAGCUACUGACUUACAAAGCGUUUUAUUCCUAAACUGGAAGAAUCUUUCUUCAACCAUCCAUCAACUUCUGCAGCAUACUAAAGGAAAAGGAAGUUGUCACCAGUCAUUAGAGAUUACUGCAAGCAGCCAUAAUUACCAGUUAUCUCAGAUUUAAGAAUUUAUAUGAAUUCACUGGAUAAACUUCAAGAAUUUCAAUACUUGCUGUUUGUCAACUGAUCUUAAAAUGUACUUAAUGGAGUUUAAAUACAGAUCUAUGGAAAUCGUGUUCAAAGUACUUGUUAGCACUCGAUAAAAGCCAUUCACUCCAAAGAUAAUACUCUGAAUCUAGUCUGGAUAGUUCAGGGAGUAUCAUCAUCACAGAUGAACACUUUUAAAGCAAAAAACACAGUGGCCUUUGCAUGGAGAAGUGACUGAGUACCACCAACAGUCAGAGUGGACAAAGCGGGGAGUGAGGAGAGCAUUCCUGCAGGCAGGGAACCCUACAGCCCUCCCUCCCCUCCCUGCUGUACACCACUGAGCGAAGAGCAUGCCCGCCACUUCUGCAGAACUGCUGCUUCUUUUAACAUAGCUUUCUGCUUUUAAGAUGUGAACCUCACUCUUCCAAAUAUGGAGUUAGGAUUACAAGCUCCCCUGACACAUCUGGCACUGCUAAAAUGUUUAAUCGCGUGUUUAGUCGUGGAACUUCUCACAACUAUCUGCUCUCAAUGGUAUUCACUUCUGCUUAGAAGGUUUUACUGAGCACUCAAACUAGAAUAUAAACAGAAAACGAUAUCUGGAUUAUUACAAUAUUUCUUGCUUUUAAAUGGACAGAAUCUUUGGGAAGACAGGAAGCUAAUUCAUUCUUAAAAACAUGAUCACAGGUCUGAAGAACCUAUGAAUGUUAUCAGUGAGACAUAACACAACAGCUUUGGGUUUUUUAGUACCCUUUUUUCAGAUGUUAACUGGAGCAAAAUUUUAUAUGGUUGUUUUGGAGGAAUCCAGGUGCUGGAUAAGUAAUAAGUAGUAAGAAGAAAUAAUGGAGCAGGAGGAAGACUUUAGACAAUGUUACAAGGAAAAACUUCAUUACAGAAGGGUCACUCCUUAAAGAGAGGAAAAAGGACAACAACAAAAAAAAAAGGAAGAAAAAAGAUGAACUCUUGAUUGUGUCAGGAUCAGGCACACCAACACAGCACUCUACGAAAACAAGUUACUCAGCCCAGUAAGUUCUGUGCUAACUUGGCAUUUUCUACUGCAUAACGUUUAUCCUGAGAACUGAAUAACCCAUAAAACACAGCAGCAGCCAGAGUGCACAGAAAGCUGAUCAGAGCUGGUUGUUGUCACUACCGAAGUCCCUUCAUUUUUUUUCCCCCUAGCAUAAAAAGGGUUUAUUUUAUCCCACUACAUUGAAUCAGUGAUCCAGCUGAGUCCUGCUCUUUUCUGGUGAAAACUCAAGACGUUGUUUGGAUGUAGGGAAAAAAGAAGAGGAUGCAGUACCAUUUUCUGGAAAGCAGCAGACUUCCAUUCAGCUUUCAGUUACAAAUGCGUCCCAGAAGUCAGAGUUCUUUGGAACAGAGAUGUCAGGGUUUUUUAAACAGUCAGAUGUUCUCGGCCAACCACAAAGCCUGGUUCUGGAAACGGUGAGGAAGUCAACUGGCCAAGGGGAUGGAACUAAGUGCGCUCACCAGAGAGUCACUGCAGAAACUACACAACAUGAAAUAUUUCUUCACCCUGAAGCUUCCCUAUCGCUGUCCAUCACAGCAUGAGCACAACUGCAGGUGACAGCUAAUUCUGCUGAGCAGACAGACUAAUGGCCAUGUGCAUUUCAGAGCCUGAAGUCCCACACUACUCCCACUUCACAGCUUGAAGGCGUACAGCAUCUAAGUUACUUGUAUGCAUUUCGUAAUGCACAGCGUUAUGGUAAGCCACAUGAUAGGCUUCUAUUCAGAUACUUGGAAAGCAUGAAAAAUGAGAUAAUGCUUAUUUUACCAGCAAGUAUUGCAACCACUAAGGAAUCACCUUCAUUGCAGAAAUGAUCCAGGUCAGGUUUUAGGACACGGUUCAGAAAUAGUUACCACGAGGUGAAAGCACACUGCACAGAAUUUAUAAACAGACAGGCCCCCGGUGGAAAUUCAUUGCGGCUAGGACAUAAGCAAACAGCAAGCAAGAGACAGCCUCAACUAUCAGCUCAGAGUCAACAGUGACAGUCUGCAGAAGCAGUGGAAGAAGUGGGUAUUUCAGGUGUGUAAGACAAUGCUCAUUCACCUCUGGAACAGAGCAUCCCACUUUGUCUUAAAAAAAUAAAACUGAAGGUCAACAAAAAAACUUGUUUCUGUAAAAAAACAACCACAACUCUAAAGCCCAGAACUUACACUAAUAUUCAGGUUUAGCUCUUGAGCUUCCAUAACUAGGAAUGAAACACCAUAUUCUAGUUUUUUCCCUCGCUCUCUCUCACCUCAAAGUAUUCAUGGCUUUGUCUACACAGCGCUCUGAGCUGGGACAUUCACCUCAGAGUAUUCUCUAUGAAUACUCUCAAAGCUGCUCAAGAUUUUAUAAGCAAUGUAAUUGCUGUUAGAAAGAAAUGCUAGGAACCAUGGAGAGGAAUUAGAUUAGGUAGCACUGAGGAGUUGCCUUAAAUUUAAAAUAUUAGCAGAUUUAAAGAGAAGCGCAAACGUUAGUUAGAUCCUCCAGCUGCCAGAGAACUUGACUUCUGUAUGGACAACUAUUAUGUCAAAGAUUCACCCAGCAUGGCACUGAUGGGCUGCACGUGACGAACCCACAGAAAACACAAAUGAUGUCUCCAGUUGGCAUACUUGUGAUGAGAAGCUGAAACUCAAAAAAAAGAUGUUUCCCUGUAUUUUCAUUCUAGGGCGUUUCAUUUAGCAGCUACCCUUUACCCUAUUUCAGGGGAGGAAUGAUCCUUAAAUCUCCCAUGUCAAUUUAAGCAGUGCAAUUUGAGAAGCCCUGUAAAAGGAAAGUCACAGCAAACAUCAAGGGAGGACAAGCUGUCCAAAAGGGAAAUCUAGUUAGAACUAUUAAUCCUGUCUGAAAAAGACAAAAAAAUCCCACAAAAAUGUAACAAAACAAGAAAACAACCGCAAAAAAAAAACCCACAACAACCCCAAAACAGCUACUGCUUUUAGUUACAAGGCAUACUGAAAUCACAGAUUUAAUAUGUGGAAAUAUGUAAAUAAGAAGUCCGUAGGUCUCAUGUACUUUUGUCCUUACAAGGUGUUUUUUAAAAAUUCCAUUACAUUUUCUUACUCACGUGUGACAAAAAGCUCUAACGAGCCAGAAGCUCGAGACCCAGUAACAGAUCUGUAAUUCACACUCACUCUUAAAAGCCAACACCAAUACAUCUACCCCUGACAAAAUGGGUGGCCAUUCCAUCCAGCUUAACAAGUGAAAGUUUUACUCUACCUUGACUAUUAUGUUUUUCUGUUUCCAAUACACCCGUGUAUUCACAGUACACACAUUUUCAGACCAUACACUUAUACCAAAUAUUUCUACACCAUGAGCUGCAUUGUUCUGAAAACUUCCCUUCCCCUCUGCUAAAAUGACCCAUCAUCAACAUGCUGCUUUUUCUAGGGGGGAACCUACUGGAAGGUUCAUAUGAAAUUUCCACACAGUUACUGCGUCCAGUGAGUUGAGUUUAAAAGCAGAGCUGCUUAUGGGGAAACAAAGUUAAAUUCAUGCUUACCGUUUUCAUCCACAGCAAGUACACUUGCUCCCUUUCCUAAGAGUUCUUGAACUACAACUGUUAGUCCAUUUCGAGCAGCAACAUGCAGAGGUCUGUGAAGACAAACAAACUGGUAGAUAAACCUUAGACCAAAAUGUAAUACACAAGGCAGAUAAAACGCAUUGUGAUGAAUGAUUACUGACAUAUUUUUACUUGUAUGUUAUUUACACAUUACCAAAUAUAGGAGAUACAAAGCGAAGAUGGGAAAAACUAACAGAGCCAGUUUCUUGCUGCAGACAAUCAAGACAGAAAUAGUUCUGUAUUUUUAUUAUUAUUUUUUAUUAGUGGAACCACAUGUGAAGAAGUAGCUGCUGGAAAUGAUCCGCCUGCUUAUGAGCUUCAUCACAAUAAAAAAUCAGUCACCUAUACUUUCCUGUUAAUAAACCCUUCAUUGAAUGGUUUUAAUAGAUUGUGUCACAUCUGAGAUCUCUGUGUCACCAGCAAUAAUCAUCAGAAUACAAAUAUUGGUACAUUAUUUAUUGCAUAUUAAUGCUUCCAAGACACGCAGAAGCAUUUCAUCAAUCUGCCUUCCAGAAACCACCACAUUCCUUCGUGACCAGAGAUGAAAAAUUCAGACUGCAUAAAGCAAGGAGAAAAACAAAUUACUUUUGAAAACCUCAAUCUAUUAACCAUGUCUUGUGUGGUGUCUUGAUGUAUCAAGGAAAGUGCAACUUUACCACACCUACUCUGAUUAUAUCUUUUUAAAAUGAAACAGUUUUCCAGAAUCGAUUCCCACUGGUUUAAAGAAUCCUACCACCACUCUGCAGGACACAGAAUAAUCAGCUUCCUUCACUCUGCUUUCUCUUGCCUAUCUCUCAGAAUAGCUGCUAAGACUGUCGGGGUUUGAACAUGGCAGAUUCCGGAAGGGAUGCAAGGCCAGAGAAAUGUACAAAUUACUUGGAAGUUUUGGUGUUUAUUCUAAAUGCUCUGUGUGAUAACAUUGCUAAAGGAAUCCAAGAAUUCAUGUGGUGUAACUUAGCUACUUAUCAGGUGUCAAGUAUUGCCUACAA